GAAAGUGAAAGUGUUCAGUCUGUUCAAACUCUGUUAAGUCGACACAGCAGAAGGAAGGGAAGUGAAGUCUGAUGCAGGACUGACCUCAGACCAGAAGAUGAGUGUUCGUGUGGAAGAAGAGGAGGACAGAGCAGAGUCUCCAGUAUCCAGCUGUCUGUCUGAGAAGAGUGAACGGUCCAAAGGUGAUGUUCUAGACUUCAGUAAUGAACCAGGACCCUCAGGCACAAAAGUUCUGUCCAGCAGACAGAGAGCAGAGUCUCCAGUAUCCAGCUGUCUGUCUAUAAAGAGUGAACGGUCCAAAGGUGAUGUUCUAGACUUCAGUAAUGAACCAGGACCCUCAGGCACAAAAGAGAGGAAGAGGAGCACUGCCUCUGUGGAGGAGCAGCCGACCUGCUGCUUUUGGUGUCAGGACGUCCUGGAGGAUCCGCUCUCUACCAGCUGUGGACACCGGUUCUGCAGAUGGUGCAUCACCUCAGACUUGAACCAGCCUGAUUCAUCAGGAGACUCCUCCUGUCCCCAGUGUGGAGUGAAAGUUGGUCUUCAGGAGGUUUUAGAUGAACACAAGUUCAGUCUGAGGAGGAGAUGUGAACGUGUGAAUGGAGGAAGUGAUGAAACAGGAAGUGAUGACACAGGAAGUGGAACCCUCCUCAACAGGAUCUACACCGAGCUCUACAUCACAGAGGGCCAGAGUGAAGAGGUUAAUACCCAACAUGAGGUGAGGCAGCUUGAAACAGCUUCCAAGAAGAAGCGCUUCAGUGAAACUUCCAUCGAGUGCUGCAGCAUCUUUAAAGCCUCAUCUGACCAACAGAGACGCAUCAGAGUGGUUCUGACGAACGGUGUCGCUGGAGUUGGAAAAACCUUCUUGGUGCAGAAGUUCACUCUGGACUGGGCAGAGGGCACUGAAAACCAAGAUGUCAGUCUGCUGAUUCUGCUUUCGUUCAGGGAGCUGAACCUGAUCAGAGAUGAGCAGUACAGUCUUCUCAGGCUGCUCCAUGUUUUCCAUCCAACGUUGCAGAAGAUGACAGCAGAGAAACUCGCUGUCUGUAAACUUCUGUUCAUCUUUGACGGCCUGGAUGAAAGCCGGCUUUCACUGGAUUUCAAGAACAGCAAAGUCAUGUCUGAUGUCACGCAGGAGUCAUCAGUCAGUGUGCUGCUGACAAACCUCAUCCAGGGGAAGCUGCUUCCCUCAGCUCUCAUCUGGAUAACUUCCCGACCUGCAGCAGCCAAUCAGAUCCCUCCUUCGUGUGUCGACAGGGUAACAGAAGUACGAGGCUUCACUGACGUCCAGAAGGAGGAAUACUUCAGGAGGAGGUUCAGUGAUGAAGAUCUGUCCAGCAGAAUCAUCUCACACAUCAAGACCUCCAGGAGCCUCCACAUCAUGUGUGUGAUCCCAGUCUUCUGCUGGAUCACUGCUACAGUUCUGGACCACAUGUUGACUACAGACCAGAGAGGAGCGCUGCCCAUGACCCUGACUGACAUGUACUCGCACUUCCUGCUGCUUCAGACAAAGAAGAAGAAUCAGAAGUAUGAGAGAUGUCAGAGAAGGCCACAGAAGUUAACAGAGGCUGACAGGGAAGUUCUUCUGAAGCUGGGGAGGCUGGCGUUUGAACAUCUGGUGACAGGAAACAUCAUGUUCUACUGAGAAGACCUGGAGCAGUGUGGUCUUAAUGUCACAGAGGCCUCGGUGUACUCAGGAGUUUGUACAGAGAUCUUCAGAAGAGAGAGUGUGAUCUUCCAGGAAACAGUCUACUGCUUUGUUCAUCUGAGCAUUCAGGAGUUUCUGGCUGCAGUCUACAUGUUCCACUGUUACACCAGCAGGAACACAGAGGUACUGGACGGCUUCCUGAGAGGACAUGAGGAGAACGACUUCCUGAGAGGUCGCAGGUAUAACAGUGACUCAUCCCUGGAUGUCUUCCUGAGGAGUGCCAUGGAGAAAUCCCUGAGGAGUAAAAAUGGCCACCUGGACCUGUUUGUUCGCUUCCUUCAUGGCCUCUCUCUAAGGUCCAACCAGAGACUCUUAGCGGGCCUGCUGGGUCAGACAGACAACAGUCCAGAUAUCAUCCAGAGAGUCAUCAACAACCUGAAGGAGAUGAACAGUGAUGAGAUCUCUCCCGACAGAAGCAUCAACAUCUUCCACUGUCUGAGGGAGACGAAUGACCACUCAGUCCAUCAGGAGAUCCAAGAGUUCCUGAAGUCAGAGAACAGAUCAGAGAAGAGACUCUCUGUGAUCCACUGCUCGGCUCUGGCCUACAUGCUGCAGAUGUCAGAGGAGGUUCUGGAUGAGUUGGACCUGAAGAAUUACAACACAUCUCCUGAGGGACGACAGAGACUGAUUUCAGCUGUGAAGAACUGUAGAAAGGCUUUACUGUCUCGCUGUGAACUCUCAGAGGCUGACUGUGAAGUCGUCGCCUCAGCUCUGAAGUACGACCCCUCGCAUCUGAGACAGCUGGACCUGAGUGUCAACGUAUUGAAUGAUGUAGGAGUGAAGCGUCUGUGUGCUGGACUGGAGAGUCCAAACUGUAGACUGGAGACUCUGAGAUUGAGUCACUGCAGUUUGUCAGAGAUCAGCUGUGCUUCUCUGGCCUCAGCUCUAAAGUCCAACCCCUCCCAUCUGCAACAGCUGGACCUGAGUCACAACAAGCUCCAGGAUUCAGGAGUGAAACUGCUCUGUGAUUUUCUGCAGAGUCCACACUGUAGACUGGAGACUCUGCGAUUGAUUAACUGCAGUUUGUCAGAGAUCAGCUGUGCUUCUCUGGCCUCAGCUCUGAAAUCCAACCCCUCCCAUCUGGAACAGUUAGACCUGUGGGGAAACAAACUGGCAGAUUCAGGAGUGAAGCUGCUGUCUGAUCUGAGGGAGAGUCCACACUGUAGACUGGAGACUCUGAGAGUGAGUGAUGAAAAGUGGAAGUACUGAGAGGAUCAGCUGAGUCCUGAUGAUCCAGAGAGGUUGAAGCAGCACCAUCAGUUGGUGGAUGGAGAGGCUCUGACUGGGCAGUUUUACUGGGAGGUGGAGUGGAGAGGAAAGCUUUGUCCAGCAGUGACUGAUGGACCAAUUGCAACAAGUGGAGAUGACUGUCAGUGCUGCAGACUGAACUCCUCUGAGGUCAGCUCCACUGUCACCAAGUAACCAGCUCCAUAUGUUUGGGCCACUGACUGCCCUCCCUACUGCUCCCUGGAUUGAACAAGAACAGAAACAAGUUUAUCCAGUCCAAACAUACAUUUAGAACUGUGCAGAACAAACACAAAAUAAAAUAAAAUCUUUCCUCCUGUUGCUUCAACAAAUAUGAUUUUUUUCAAAUAUAAUUUGGAUAAAUUCUUUUCAUACAUUAAUGUUAAACCUCAGUAUCUGUCUGCCACUUGUGUAGCCCGACGUUGUACUUGAGGGGAGCAUGUUAGAUGUGACAGCAGUUCGAUCAUCAUCUUUCCUGCAGCAUCAGUGAACUCCAGUUGGUUUACACAUCACAUCAUCAACACACACACACCAAGUCAACCUGUGGAGCUUUUUUCCCUCUGAAGUCAGUGUUCAAGCCGUUCUUAUCACCAUCGUUCAUGUUCUGGAGCUGCUUUCUGCCAGCAGAUGUCACCGUUUCCAUUGUGUCGCCUCACCUUUAACUGAACUGAUGUGAAUGAUUUCUCUAUGACUUUAUUUGGUAUAGAUUUAAAUGUAAUCAUAAAUUAGUUCAACAUGAUUUAAAAAUGUGAUAUGUGACAUUUCUACACUGAAAUGUCUAAAAACAUGUUCUUCAUGUUGUUGUGUUCUCACAUUACAACAAUGUUCAAAUCAGAGAAAUGCACAAGUUUAUUCAAGGUUAUGGUGGGUUUUUAAGACAUGUAAGCACUUUAUACAUAAAUUGUGGGACAUUAAUGAUGUAUUUUAUGUCGUAUUUCACAACUUUAGACUUUUAAAGUUAUACUGCAUCAACUUUGUUACGACCCUAGAGGUCAUAAAUGUUUGUCUGUUUUUAAUAUCUCUCUUUUUUCCUGAGUGAGUGUAUGGUUGCGUGUGAUUGGUUACAGGUGUGUUUGAGUGGUUGUAGGUUGUCCCUGGGAGCUGAUUGGUUCCUGCCUGGAAGAUGAGGGUUUAAAGGCUGGCUCCUCUCCAGUUCCUGUGGGGCUCUCAGCUCCCAGACUGCUAGCCUGCAUGAUUGUGUACCAGCUAUGUAAAUAAAAUCAUUUAAAAAUGUGAAUGUGUGAAAUGAUUACAUUUAAUAAUAACUCUCAGUUGGAAGUUAAAGAGGGAUGAGAUGAGGAUGUGGAACCUGCUGCUGCUCACACUGAGAAACUAGAAACACCUUUCUUUUAAAAGAAAUUUGUGUGGCGUUGUCUUCCCUCUCCUUGCUUUCUUUCCCUUUCUGCCUUUUCCUUUCGUUUAAGGCUCUCUGAUUCUUGAGGAAAGACACGUCUUGAUGAGCAGCAGCUGCUCUGCUCAUUAAGCUGUUUGGAGACUCAUCUUCUGCACCUGCAGCUGCAGGGGUGGACUGAACCAUUAUGUAUUGUGAGGGGUGAGAAUACUGUGUAUUUUUUGUAUACAGAGUAAAGUCUCUCAUUUGAUUUAUUCUGCCAAUUUUAAGUUAGUUGUGACACUCUUUGACAAUCUGAUGGUGUUUUCUGUGUGUUUUGAAGCCUGACAGGUGAAAGUCGUCAGGCUCUGAGAUGAACACUGUAACAUGUGUCAUGGUACAGACAAAAGACUCAAGUACACAAACUUAUAAAGUAUAGAGAAAAGAAUAAAGGUUAAAGGUUAAAGUGUUUGGAAAUGAAGCAGUUGAAGCAGACAUGUUGUACAUCAUGUAGUGGGAGGCAGUGGUGGACAGGUAAGCUAGUCAGACCCUUCAGUCCAAGUUGUUAUUAUCAUUAUACUGUUAUUAUUCCUCAUGAAGGACUCUUAAUAAGCUGGAUUUGAUUGGCCCAGCUGCUCACUGUUGCUCUGGAGCCUUGAUAAGAUCAAUUUGAUCUUGUUUCAGAGAACAGAUUUAUGGCUCCAGGAAUAUUAUUUUUAAAGGACAGUUACAGAAAUUAGAUCUGGUCUAUUCAAUGCUACCUGUUGCUAUGACUCCACCUGCAGAGCCUCACUGUAACAUGUGAACGUGUGUGUGUUGUUGCAGUGUGACCUUCCCAUCCAAACUGGGUCAGCUGUCCAUCAAGCUGUGUAACCUUCAUGGCAUUGUCCUCCAAAGAGCUGCUAGAAUUCAUCAAUACACUGAGGAAAUGAUAUCCAGUGUCUUCACUUGAACAUCAGCAGUGAAUCAUCACCUCUCUCCGUGUGGUUCCUCUCGGUCAAAACUCAAGAUCCACCAGAGCCCAACAAGGUCCUGACCCGGGACCUCUCUGCUGCUGCAAGGAAGGAGACAACAGAACUCCUUUCAGAGGGCCAAUAAAAUAUCAGCCGACAUCA